AUGAAUGUCAUGUUAACAAGGUUUAACCGUGGUCUCAAGGGCCGCGGAUUGCGUGUCGCGUUAACUAUUCGUGGGUUUGCCGCCUCUGUACAGCCAAGCUCGCUGCUAUCGGUGAGAGCUUUUGGCACAUCGUCUGAAAAUAAGGAGGAUGGAAUCUUAGAUGCAGCUGUGGCCACUGGGCGCGGAAGCCUGGUAGCUGAUAUAGCAGCUUCGGUCACGGAUGAAAAUGAUCGUUUGGUUCUAAUACGAUUGGCGGAGCUCGUACAAGCGUUCCGUAAAGAAGGUCACUGUUUGUCUACACUGGACCCUCUUGACCUGCCACGCAUACCACCCUUUCACCGAUUCAUACCUAAGGAUGUAAGCAUCAGGUUAUCACCUUCUACGUACGGCCUAAAUGAAGGUGACUUGUCCCGCGUCAUCCCCAAAGAUUUGGUCCCCGGGCACAUGGGAAGCUCAGCGACUGUUGAGGAGUGCAUCGCCAAUCUACGCCGCAGCUAUUGCGGUGACUUCGCCGCGGAGUUCACUCACUUACCGGAAGCUGAACAACGCUUUUUCAUUGAUCGCAUCGAGCGUCCUGAUGCUAUGGAGUUCAGCAAGGAAGAACGACUGCGAUUUUUUAAAUCACUAGCGCGUUCUGUUAUGUUCGAACGAUUCUGCACAAAGGCAUUCCCAACGGUCAAGCGCUUUGGAGCUGAUGGGUUGGAGUCUUCUAUAGUAUCUCUUGAUAUUAUAAGCGAUUUGGCUGAGUCGGACGGAGUAGAUUCACUUAUAAUGGGAAUGUCGCAUCGAGGUCGCCUCAACAUGCUGGUAAACGUGCUUAACCGUCCUCUUGAAGAGAUGUUUGCGGAAUUCCGUGGUAAGAAUUGGUAUGCGACAGAGAACGGCGAGUUUUCGGGAGAUGUGAAAUACCACUUUGGCUACACCACUAAGCGUGCUUCACUGCGUUUGGAGUUGCUGCACAAUCCAUCGCACCUCCAGUUCGUGCAUCCCGUAGUCGUAGGCCAAGCUAGAGCACGUAUGGUGACAGCCGGCUUAGAAGAUCGUCGCGUUGUUCCUGUCGUUCUUCACGGAGAUGCGGCCUUUUCUGGUGAAGGCGUAACUUACGAGACCGUGCAGAUGUCACGCAUUCCCGAAUAUGCUGUGGGUGGCACAAUCAACAUAGUGGUGAACAACCAGAUCGGAUUCACUACUUACCCUGCCGGUGGUGCGUCAACUCGAUUCACCACUGACAUCGCUAAGAUGGUCGAAUCACCUGCUAUCCACGCUAAUGCGCACAAUGUGGAGGCUGUUGUAUUUGCCUCGCGAUUGGCAUUUGAGUAUCGUCAGCAGUUCGGCAAGGACGUGUUUGUGGACCUAGUAGGUUUCCGCAAAUAUGGCCACAACGAGCUAGACAUGCCGAAGUUCACUAACGCCGAGAUGUAUGCACGUGUUGAGAAAAAGGAGGAUGUUUUGGUUGCAUAUAGAGCUUUCCUGUUAUCUAAGGGUGUGUUCACGGAGUCGGAAUUGUCCGCUGUAGAAGGAGAGAUACAGGGCGUGUUCGAGGCAGCGCUGAAAAAAUCAAUUGAUUUGUCGGUUAUGCCUCUACCUCCACAGGCGCAGGCAUGGAAACUUCCAGAAGGUACAUCUCCGUCACCUGUUACAGGUGUGGAAGUGUCUCGACUGGUUGAGUUAGGAAAGGCGCUGAACGCUGUUCCGGAGGAUUAUCAAUUGCACCCUGCUAUCCGCCGGAUAUUCAAAGAGCGCGUCAAGGCUAUUGACACAGCUUCUAACAUCGACACAGGCCUUGCAGAGGCGUUAGCAUACGCAUCCCUAGCAGAAGAUGGAUUCCGUGUUCGCCUGGUCGGACAGGACUCUAAGCGUGGUACUUUCUCGCAUCGUCAUUCGUUCGUACAAUGUCAGAAGACGUUCCGUAUAUUCAACAUUUUUUCGAAAGUGCCACAAGGUGAUAACGUGGAAAUUUUUAAUUCACUGCUAUCCGAGACCGCGGCAAUGGCUUUCGAGUACGGGUACGGUCUUGAGAACCCGUCAAUAUUGAACAUUUGGGAGGCUCAGUUCGGUGAUUUUGCGAACGUCGCGCAGACCAUAGUUGACGAAUUUGUGGUAAGCGGCGAGACGAAGUGGGCACAGCGUUCUGCAAUGUGUCUCUUUUUACCACACGGAUUCGAUGGCCAAGGUCCAGACCACAGCUCAGCCAGAUUAGAGCGCUACUUACAACUGUCAGAUGAGCCCGAGGACGUCUGGGACUUCCUGCCGCUUUCCAACGACGAGCAUGCCAAGCGUGUAAACAUUGGUGUUAUCAACUGCACUAGAUCUAGCAAUCUAUUCCACGCUCUUCGUCGUCAGAUGCUUCGUGAUUUCCGGAAACCGUUGGUGGUGAUGACCGGCAAAAAACUUUUGAAGCUGCGUGGCACCUAUUGCAACCUAGAGGAGUUCGGACCGGGGAAUCAUUUCAGGCCGGUGAUCCCCGCCUCAGUAUCGGAUCUCAAUGCCAUAGACACAUUGAUAUUGUGCAGUGGGCAGGUGUACUUCGACGCGGCAAACCGUGUAACGGAGCUCGGUGUUGGGAACGUUGCGGUUACCACUGUGGAGCAGCUAUGUCCAUUCCCGGCAGGUGCUCUAAAGGCUGAGUUAGAACGUUACCCCAACUUGCGUCGGUUAGUAUGGCUGCAGGAGGAACACGCGAAUGCUGGUGCUUGGUCCUACAUCUCACCCCGUAUCGGUAACUUGCUACGCCACUUAGGCUGCGGAAUUCGACUUGAAUACGUUGGUAGGAGACCAUUGGCCGCUCCGAGUUGCGGCGAUGGGCGCACUCACGGUUUGGAGAUGCAGAGAGUACUUGCUACUGCGGUACCUGCGCCGUGA